AUGAGCGACAUCAUCUAUUCGAUGCUAUCACUCAUUAAUUGGCUCCAAAUAAUGGAUAUAAAACCAAUAAAAAAUUAUAUGUAUUGCCUAAUUUUUUUCUUGCACUUUCUGCUCUACUUUUCCGAGUUUUUGAGUGUGUGGCUUAUAGUAGCCUUUACCAUCGAGAGAUUCAUAGUGACAAAGUAUCCGCUUCUACGUCGAUUCUGGUGCACUGUCAAACGCGCAAAAAUUGUGGUAAUCACGCUGAUGGGACUAGCGAUUUUACGCAGCAUUUUAUAUAUUUUUUAUCUGUAUAGGACCAUGCACUAUAAAAUGUUUAAAAGAAACGGCAAUAUCUAUGAUGUGUACAAAUAUGAAACAUUUAACAGACAGUAUGGAUCUAUAUUGACAACGCGCAUUAUAGAUUCUAUUAUAAUAUUUAUCUUACCUGCUGUCGUGAUAGUAAUCUGCAAUACUCUGAUAGGAUACCACAUUUACCAGCAAAAUCGUGUUCGCAAAACCUUGAUUACAGCGUCCGAUUCUUCUAAUGAGAGAAUUCAGAUUUCUAAUGAUAAAAUGCUUCUCCAUAGAAUCACAAAAAUGCUUAUUCUUGUUUCGAGCAUAUUUCUAGUUAUAAAAUUUUCUGCGUAUUAUAUUCUUUACAUUUCUAGUUACGUACGUAUCAUUAAUUCAUAUUAA